AUGGACAUGCAGAUCCAGGUCGAUAGCGCGAGUUCCAGUGCCGGCGCUGCCACGGUGUCGUACGCAUUCCUGGGUGGUUCUUCCGGCGGUUUGCUGUCGCUUGACCAGUCCCUAAUGCUCUCCACAACCGCAUACUCCAGCUCUUUCAAAUACUCCAAGACUCCAAGCAGACAGGACUCGGCAUCUACCACUAGUCCAUCUGUCACUGGAAGCACAUCAUCUUCUACGGGGUCGUCGCAGUAUUCUGCCUCCAUACCGUCGGGAGACUCUUCGUCAUCUACGUCUUCAUCCACGUCGUCAUCCAGUGCUGCUGGCCAGCAAGGAGCCGCUGCCAUUCCACAUAGGCCCAACUGGAAACUAGGCGCUGCCGUGAUGCUAAUGGCCGCCUGCGGUAUAGCGGCAUGA